GUUGCUUGCGCAAAGUGAAGGCAGACAGUCCUUUUUAUUUUUCCCAGCAUAUCUAAUAGAGGAUUUUCCAUAGUUUUGAUAAAAACUGGAGCCAUUUGUGAACCACACUGAAUAACCUGUGGUACGAAAUGAAUAACGGAGCUUAUAUCUGGUGAGAGACACAUAAAAAGGCUGUGCCAAUAAUUCCCUGGUGUUCCUAAGAGGGAUCCUCCCAUUCCUGAAGAAACAGGAGAAGGAGACUCUUGAACUUGGCAGCUAUUUAACAUCAGGCAGAGAUCUUAAUACAGGUGUUCAGCUGUCUGUGAUCCAAGACAGAAGUGUAACCAUCUUUCAGACUUUUGAGAAAAUUGCCUAAUUUGGAGCAAGAGAUGCAAAGAAGUUGAUAAAACUGGGGUUCUGCAAGAUGGGUAAUGUUCUCCUGGAUUAGAUUUAGAAGACGGGAAAGGAAGCAAAAGACUAAAACAAUGUUUUGGUGUUACCUGGUUUCAUUCUCACUGUGUAUUCAAGAAUGGAUUCAUCCUUAAGUGCAACAGUUACUUCGAGCGUUCAGCAACAUCUCUAAUAAGGAAACUAUCUUCAAUAAAUGUAAAAUGCAUUCUGAAGAAGAGAAGAAGUAUACUGCAGAUGGAAAUAGUCAUGAGAUCGCUGCAUCCAGCCAGGAUCAUGAAUCUGAAGACAAACACAGGGCAAAGAAGAAGCAGAAGAAAGGGGAAAAACCUAAGGUAGUGAGCCCAUUUGCACUGUUUCGAUACUCCAGCUGGUCAGAUAAAUUAUUAAUGAUACUGGGCACUCUGAUGGCAAUAGCCCAUGGAAGCAGUCUCCCUUUUGCAAUGAUAAUUUUUGGUGAUAUGACUGAUAGCUUUGUUGCAUCUGGAGACACAAAUUUUACAGGAAACAGUUCAAUGAAUUUCACUUCAGAAAUGCUUCACAAGCUGGAAGAAGAUAUGACAAGAUAUGCAUACUACUAUUCUGGAAUAGCAGCUGGUGUUCUUCUUGCUGCUUAUAUUCAGACUUCAUUCUGGACCUUAGCAGCAGGUCGGCAAAUAAAAAAAAUUAGAGAAAAUUUUUUUCAUGCAAUUAUGAGACAGGAAAUUGGAUGGUUUGAUGUAAAUGAUGUGGGAGAACUUAACACUCGUCUUCUAGAUGAUGUCUCCAAGAUUAAUGAAGGAAUAGGUGACAAGAUUGGAUUGCUUGUUCAAGCACUAACAACAUUUGUGACAGGAUUUAUUGUUGGUCUCAUAAGAGGAUGGAAAUUAACCCUUGUAAUACUAGCAGUUAGCCCCGUCCUGGGACUUUCAGCAGCCCUCUGGGCAAAGGUUCUCUCUGCUUUCACGGACAAAGAACAGGCCGCAUAUGCAAAAGCAGGUGCUGUUGCAGAAGAAGUUCUGGCAGCAAUCCGUACUGUAAUAGCUUUUGGAGGACAGGAAAAAGAAAUUAAAAGAUACCAUAAAAAUUUAGAAGAUGCUAAACGGAUUGGAAUAAGAAAGGCUAUUACAGCUAAUAUUUCUAUGGGUGCUGCUUUCUUACUGAUAUAUGCAUCAUAUGCACUGGCAUUCUGGUAUGGGACUACUUUGAUCUUAACUGAUGAUUACACUAUUGGCAAAGUUCUUACAGUCUUUUUCUCUGUAUUGAUUGGAGCUUUCAGUAUUGGACAGACUGCUCCAAGCAUAGAGGCAUUUGCAAGUGCAAGAGGAGCUGCCUAUGCCAUCUUUAAUAUAAUAGACAAUGAGCCUCAAAUUGACAGUUAUUCAGAGACAGGUUACAAACCAGACCACAUAAAAGGGAACUUGGAAUUAAAAAAUGUUUACUUCAAUUAUCCAUCAAGACCAGAUGUUGAGAUACUGAAGGGCUUGAAUCUCAAGAUUAAUUCUGGCCAGACAGUGGCCCUGGUUGGUGGCAGUGGCUGUGGGAAAAGCACAACAGUUCAGCUCAUCCAGAGAUUUUAUGAUCCCAAGGAAGGCACGGUUACCAUUGAUGGGCAGGAUAUUAAGACCUUAAACGUACGGUAUCUGCGCGAGGUUAUUGGUGUGGUGAAUCAGGAGCCCGUGCUCUUUGCCACUACUAUUGCAGAAAACAUUCGUUAUGGCCGUGAGGAUGUCACCAUGGAGGAGAUUGAAAAAGCCACCAAGGAGGCAAAUGCUUAUGACUUCAUCAUGAAGCUACCCAAUAAGUUUGAAACUGUGGUUGGAGAAAGAGGGGCACAGCUCAGUGGAGGCCAGAAGCAAAGAAUAGCAAUUGCCAGAGCUUUGGUUCGCAAUCCUAAAAUUCUUCUGCUUGAUGAGGCAACAUCAGCUUUGGAUACUGAGAGUGAAUCAGUUGUGCAAGCAGCACUGGACAAGGCAAGGGAAGGACGCACCACGGUUGUGGUAGCUCAUCGACUGUCAACAGUCCGAAAUGCAGAUGUGAUUGCUGUGUUUGAAGGUGGAGUUAUCACAGAGAUAGGGAAUCAUGCUGAAUUGCUUGAGAGAAAGGGAAUCUACUACAAACUUGUUAACAUGCAGGCAAUAGAAGCAGAAGUUCCAUCAUCAGAAAAUUAUGAGAAUGUACUUCCAUCAUCAGAAAAUUAUGAGAGUGUACUUCCAUUAUCAGAAAAUUAUGAGAAUGUAUGUAGUGUCAAAAACAGGGAAUCUGAACCAGACUCUGAAGAAUCCUUAACUAGAGGAUUGAGAAGACGAUCAACUCGGAGAAGCAUGAAAAAGCCAGGAGAGCAAAAUGAUAGUCCUGAUGAGGAAAAAACUUCACCUGCUGAAGAAAUACCUCCAGCUUCAUUUCUGAAAAUUAUGAAGUUAAACAAAACUGAAUGGCCAUACUUUGUAGCUGGAACCUUGUGUGCAAUUAUCAAUGGAGCUUUACAACCUGCAUUUGCAGUCAUAUUUUCUGAAAUUAUUGGGAUUUUUUCAGAGACUGACAAGGACAUCUUAAGAAAACAGAGCAACUUAUAUUCACUGCUGUUUUUAGUACUUGGGAUCAUUUCCUUUUUUACUUUCUUUUUUCAGGGUUUCACAUUUGGCAAAGCUGGAGAAAUUCUGACAAUGAGGCUUCGAUUCAUGGCGUUUAAAGCAAUGCUUAGACAGGAUAUGGCCUGGUUUGAUAAUCCUAAAAAUAGCACUGGAGCAUUAACUACAAGACUUGCUAAUGACGCCUCUCAAGUGAAAGGAGCAACUGGUGCCAGACUAGCAUUAAUUGCCCAAAACGUAGCCAACCUGGGGACUGGAAUUCUUAUAUCAUUAAUUUAUGGCUGGCAGCUGACCCUGCUGCUUUUAGCUGUUGUGCCCAUCAUUGCGGUGGCAGGAAUGAUUGAAAUGAAGAUGUUGGCUGGGCACGCUAAGAAAGAUAAACGAGAGCUGGAAGCCGCAGGAAAGAUUGCCACAGAAGCAAUAGAAAAUAUUAGAACUGUUGUUAGCUUGACCCGAGAAAGAAAAUUUGAGUCAAUGUAUGGAGAACAUCUGAUUGUACCAUACAGAAAUUCUGUGAAGAAGGCACAUAUAUUUGGCUUUUGUUUUGCCCUUUCACAAGCAAUGAUGUUCUUUACCUACGCCGGCUGUUUCCGCUUUGGUGCCUAUCUAGUGGUAAAUGGACACAUGGAGUAUAAAAGUGUAUUUUUGGUGUUUUCAGCUGUUGUAUUUGGUGCAAUGGCACUAGGACAAACCAGUUCUUUUGCCCCAGACUAUGCCAAAGCCAAGAUAUCAGCAGCCCACUUGUUUCUGCUGUUUGAAAGAGUGCCCUCAAUAGACAGCUACAGUGAGGAAGGAGACAAGCCUGAAACAUUUGAGGGAAACAUAACAAUCAAAGAUGUGGCAUUUAACUACCCAAACCGUCCAGAGGUCAAAAUCCUCCAAGGGUUGAAUCUAAAAGUAGAAAAGGGACAAACUUUGGCUCUUGUUGGCAGCAGUGGCUGUGGAAAGAGCACAGUUGUUCAGCUGCUGGAGAGAUUUUAUGAUCCACUCGAUGGAGAAAUGCUUUUUGAUGGCAAAACUGCAAAGGCACUGAAUAUCCAGUGGCUGAGAGCUCAGAUUGGUAUCGUCUCACAAGAACCAAUCCUGUUUGACUUCACUAUUGCCGAAAACAUCGCCUACGGAGAUAACAGUCGGCAGGUGUCCCAUGAGGAAAUUGUUAGUGCAGCAAAACAGGCCAAUAUUCAUUCCUUCAUUGACUCACUGCCAGAUAAAUACAAUACCCGUGUAGGGGACAAGGGAACGCAGCUUUCUGGCGGCCAGAAGCAGCGCAUCGCCAUUGCCCGAGCUCUCGUACGCAAGCCCCAAAUUCUGCUUCUGGAUGAAGCUACUUCUGCCUUAGACACAGAAAGCGAAAAGAUUGUCCAGGAAGCGCUGGAUAAGGCUCGAGAAGGUCGAACGUGCAUCGUGAUAGCUCACCGCCUGUCCACCAUCCAAAACGCUGACAAGAUCGCCGUGGUCCAGAACGGCAGGGUCAUAGAGCAGGGCACCCACCAGCAGCUGCUGGCUGAAAAGGGCGUCUACUAUUCCCUGGUCAAUGUUCAAAGUGGGUAAUGCAAUAUCUCAGUUCAAGGCAGUAUUUAUCUCUGAAUUGUCACUGUGGCUACUUUUGUCAUUGUAAUUAUUUCAGUAUCAACAGUCAGUCUUGAUACCUUUGGUUUUCUUCAUUCCUUUCAUAAGGUAUACAAACCCAAGAAAUACUAAGUAAAUGUGUACCGGUUUCUCACUACUAGUUUUCAUUAUUCAAACCUCUUUUCUAUGUGGCCAAAGCAGAUGCCCAUGGCACUCAUGAAAGUAGAAGCAUGCUAAGCCAUAUGUAAUUAUUAUCAGCUUGCUUUGAACACAAAAAUCACACUGAUUAGGUGUAAACAACUUGGAAAUAUUUUCAUGCUCAUUAAAAACAGUUUUGCUCCUGUCAGAAAUAAACCUCAAGCCUUAUCAUCUCUGUGCCUGUGUAAGACAGUCAGUCCUGGCCUAUUAGGCUUGUUACCAUAUGUUAUGAGAACUUGCAGGUCAGCUGAAGCUUGAUGCCAAGUGUCUCUUGUUACGAUGUGGAGCUUUAGCUUGGGAUGUCAGUAAAGGCCUUGAAAAUAUGGGCACAGGCUGAAAACAAAGGUUCCAGAAUUGUAAGUACCUUACUCAUGGUUACUUACUGGUCAUUGAAGAGCUGCAACCUUAAAAGAUGGAAAAGGACUGCUUGAAAUGAAACAGAAAUUAAACAACAGAUAAGGAAAAAACCCAAGACCAUAACUGAUGAGCAAGACAAGGCAUCUGCUGCAGCCUGGGAAAGUACUCUCCGCAAGUCUCUCAAAGUCCUAGGAGUCAGAUGUCAAGGACUAAGAGCUCUCUAAAGACUGCAAUAUUUUAUACAAGGUGAAAAUCCUGGAUUUGCACUUGGAGGAGGAGGAAGGAAGGCAUCCUUUUCAGUGUUGACAUCCUUGCUUGAAGAGCUCUUGAAUCUGAGCACUGCCAUGACUGAGACUCUCAAGGACUAUAGCCAUCGGUGCUAAAUUCCUGGCAUGGGCUCUGGGAUAUUGUAUAUUAUUUACAAAUAUAGGAUGGCUGCUAAGGGCUAACUGCUUCGAACUUGCAGUAAUAUUGACUAAUAAUUAUCAAUUACUAAGCAGUA